UGACGUUUCACAAACACGUUGAGCUAAAUUGUACUUAAACCUCACGACAGACAAACAACGCUACAUUUAUCACAAAAAUAAGGCUUUUAUUUUUUUGUCUAGAAUAUAAAGAAGUAAACAAUUUGAACCAUUCACGUCGGAAGGGUCAUAUGCUGCUUUUUAUUUUGACAGGUCUCUGCCUACGAGGAAGAAAUCACCUGCUCUGCAAACAGGAAGACCCAUAGCCAGACAGUUUUCAUUUGAAUGCCCAUUUUUCUAUUAGAAAAUGAAGACGAGUUUGUUAUUGCUGUAUGUUGUUUGUUGCUGCUCCCUGGUCGGUGCCACUCUUUCAAAAACGGACCCAAAGAAGUCCUUUAAAGCUGAGGCUGAGACCUCUCCAGCCGAGCUGUCUGUGUUGGAGAGAGGCCUUGUAGUCUCUGAUCUGCUCUGGAAAGACAUAGUGAAGGAGGAGAAGAGGUACUGUGCUCACAUCAAGAAGACCUUUCAAGGACCAGUGCUGGGAUACAUCACACCAUGGAAUUCUCACGGCUACGACAUCGCAAAGACAUUUGGCCCCAAAUUCACAUCCGUGUCUCCAGUUUGGCUCCAGCUCCACCGGCGAGGACCAGAAACGUUUGACGUGACAGGACUCCAUGACCACGAUCCUGGUUGGGUCAAAGCUGUACGCAAGUCAAACAAAAAAGUGCGAAUGGUUCCUCGGCUGUUAUUUGACGGCUGGUCCUACCAGGACUACAUGAGCGUGUUGGGAAGCGAAGAUGAAAUUGAGGAGCUGGCUGGGGAGCUGGUGGACGUUGCAAAGACAGAAGGUUUUGAUGGAUUCACUCUCGAAAUUUGGAGCCAGCUUGGAGGAAACAAAAGAAAGGAGCUGGUUCAUUUAGUCAAACACAUCUGUGAGACUUUAAAGGACAAAAGAUUAGACUGCAUUCUUGUUAUUCCGCCAGCUCUGACAAGCAAUGGACAACCAGGGAUGUUCGGCAGAGAAGAAUUUGAGCAGUUGGCCCCUUUUGUGGAUGGAUUCAGCCUCAUGACAUAUGACUACUCAAACGGUGCAAGACCAGGCCCAAGCGCUCCUCUGCCCUGGGUCAGAGAUUGCGUUCUUCAGCUUGCUCCCAGCACCGAGUGGAGGCAAAAAAUCCUGCUUGGACUGAAUUUGUAUGGUCUGGAUUUUUCAAGCCAGGGAACGGAGCCGAUCCUGGGGACAAGGUUGAUUGAAAUUCUCAGAGAGCACAGACCAAAGCUUCUUUGGGAUGAAUAUGCUGCAGAGCAUUAUUUCAACUACAAAAGGAACAAUGCAGUCAAACAUGUGGUGUAUUAUCCAUCUUUAAAGUCAAUCAACAUGAGGAUCUCGUUAGCCAGUGAACUGGGAACAGGAAUAUCCUUGUGGGAACUGGGACAAGGACUGGACUAUUUCUAUGACCUGCUAUAGUGCAGGAUUGAUCUCUUUUUGUUGAACACAGAACUCUUUUAUUCAAACAUGGAUUUGUUAAUGUUUAAUGUGUUUGAGGGUUCAUGACAUUGAUAUGAAAUAUUGUUGAAACCAUCUAGUUGGUUUUAAAAGUGCUGGAAUCCAAAAAAAAGGAGAAUUUUGGGUACUUUAUUGUGAUUUGUUGAAAGUGCAAUAAUUCUUUUCCACAGAAAGAUGCAUGAUCAUCAGAAUGUACGCAUUAAAAUGAAAAGCUUGUCCUUGUUCACA